CGGGGAAAGCCUGAGGCAAAGGGCGGUGAUAAAGCGAAUAACAAGGAUCUAUUUGAGUCGUUCUUCACGACUCUUUUGAAUGAUGAUGCUCGGGAUACCUUUUCGGAUCUCAACAAACCUCGUACACCAGUUCGCGAAGAGGCACGUCCACCUGCUGACAAAAAGUCACGAAGCCGUGAUCCAUAUGCACCAAAGGACGACGAAAGGCACAGUUCUGUGAGGCCAGAUGAAAGACAAAUUACUCCAUAUCGAACAAACCCAUGGCAAACAGCGCUGAAGGCGGGACCGGUGAGACCGGGUGCUUUCGAUCGUUUGGCAAGCCGCCUCUUACCCGAGCGCUCCGGAUAUGAUGAGGAGGAGAUGCUUCGGAGGACACAGGAGUCGAAGAGCUUUGCGGGAAGGUUGCGAGACUUGUCAAAUGAAAGGCCUCGGAGAACUCAGGAGUCGAGGAGUUUUGUGGGAAGGUGGACGGAGCCGUCAAAGGGGACGCGGAUGGAGAAAGUCGCUGAGGAGAUGCCUUGGAGGACACAAGAGGAGCCGAGGAGGUUUGCGAAAAGGUUGAGAGAGCCGUCAACGGGGAUGCAGGUUGAGAAGGUCGCUGAGAACAUGCCUCGACAGAGAUAUUCUGUGCCCCGAAUCGUACCUCAGUAUACUCAUAUUCGGCGGGAGACACGUCCGGAUGAUCGCGCUGCCGUUAGGAAGAUCUUCCAUCGAUGCAAGCAGCUCGCGAGGCUUGGGGACUUGAGGGGUUUACAGACUCUUGUAGUAGACACUGUCGACGCCUACGGUAUGGCAGCAAUCGUUGCUGACAUGAUUCGUUAUAUCGUUACCGAGGUCAGCCGUGCGAGGGGCGGCCGUCUGGCUAUUGAGGCAUUCGAAAAGCUUUCGCCAAAGAUCGUCGGAACAGCAUUAGAAAGCGAAAUCCCAUCGGUCUAUAUUGCCUUGAUGCGUUGCGCCGCACGAGACAAUACCAUCAUACCGCAGGAUAUCUUGAGUGAGGAGCAUCGCUUACGCGCAUUCAAUCGGCGGGGAUGGCUUAGAGAAGCAUAUGAAGACUUCCUGAGUAUCUUGGAACAAGGAUACGCACCGCAUAUAAGCGUAGCCUGUCAGCUCCUGCAAGCCAGUCACGAAGAAGAUCUGCGUCAUGAUCUGAACAGCGGCACACACUUGGCGCGACUAUACCUUCAAAUCAGAAGCACCUACCUGUAUCCGGGGUUUGAGAGCUUUGAGAGGCAUGAAAGGCGGCUUAUUCGUGUAUUGCUGGCCGCCUCUCGUACAGAAUCCCAUCUGGACGUAAUAUGGACGACGCUCCUGUCGCCUUCAGCAGUGAAACCGUUGACUCCGAAGCGUGCGAUUCGCUUGUUCCAGUUGGAUCUGAUAAAAGCUGCUUGUCGUGUGGCAGCUAUUUCGACGGCCACCGAGAAUGGCAAGAUAACACGGUACUUUCAAUCUAUGGCUACUAUCAUGGGCAUGUUACUUAAGAUACAGCGGUCUAUCGACAAUGAUCUCUCGCGAGAAACUGUUAUGGAGGCACUCUUUGGCAACCUCCGGAUUGGAAAUACCACAGCUGCGAGCGAUUGUCUCCGUACCCUACGAGAACGCCAGUGGUCAUUAAAGAAUGUGGAGAAGUCGAGGUUCUUGGCGAUGCUACCAGUUCUUGACGGUGUGGAUGGCGUGCUACAGAGGACUGCUAUCGUCGGCCGCACGGAGCCCUGGUUGAAGCGGGAACACAGAAAAUUCAUUGACCAACUUAAUUUUGCGCCUGUUACAGCAAAGGAAUUUGGGGAAUACGCACUGUUCUUGGGAAGGUGUGGGUCCUCAGCAGAAAUCUGGGACUUGUGGAAACUGGCGGCCGAACGCGGAUUGAAUUUUAAGCGCGGCGUUGUCUUUGCAUUCGUGAAGGCCUUCUUAACAGGCAAAGAUUUGGAAAGCGCUUGGACGAUUGCCAGGACCGCGCAUAGCCUGAGCAAGCAUAUGUUUUGGCAUCUUUGCCAAGGCUUCACCAGUAUCGACCAUCUGAAGUUUAUCAUGCCCGAUAUACUGUCCACUGCUGUACGACUCGGCAUCCCUCUCUCCGCAGAUGAUGUGGGUAGGGGUCUAAAUCUGGCCACGCGAAAUAUCCGGACAACAGGGGACACGAGUCUGACGCCUUUCCUGGACUCCAAAGAACUCUCGAAGAUGGGUCUAACCACCGCAGACGGUUGUGUAACCGAGACAGGAAAGCGUAGAGUCUUUCUGGCCAUUCGGAGGGCUUACGGCACUGAGAUCGCCAAUUUCAUCGAAAGCGUGACAGCAAAAGCUGAUGUCCAGCUAGCAUUGGAAAGACUUGAUAGAUUAUGGAGCUAG